UAAACAGUUGCUUAACAAAUUUGACAAUUGUUAAAUCAAUUAAUAUAAUACAAGAUCUCUCUCUUUAAACUAGAAAGAGAGAAAAAUGGAGAAAUAUGUUCUAAAUAAUAAUUAUUUUUAGAUGUUUUUCUGUAUAGAGUAUUGUAUGCAAAGGUUUAGUUUUUUCAGCACUGUGGUAUUAUUAUUUAAACUUUAAAUAAAAACUCGUUUUUUUACGUUUUUAUGAUUUAUGUUUUUAUGUUUUUAAAGAGUUAACUUUAAAGUUUGUAAAUGUAAUGUAAUGUGUUUGUAAAGUUUGUAAAAGUUAAUGUAAUAUAGUUUUGAAAAAACACAUAACCUAUCCAAAAAGCAGCUUUUUAUGAUAUUUUUUUAAAGCAUAUGAUAUGUUAUAAAAUUUUUAAUUUUUGGUAUUUCCAUACGCCAAAGAUUUUGAAUUUUUGGCAUCACAUUAUAUGACAUGAUUUAACGACUUCAGAAACAUAACUAAUCGGAAAACAAUAGUGAAUGCAAUGAGCAAUGAAAUGUUAUAUAUGGUUUUCGUAUUCGCCAAACUAUUUUGGACUUGAUCUGAAAAGUUGUUCUGCACGCGGGGAGUUGUUUAUUACAAGUGGCAAUGGUUAGGCAGGAGCGGCGCGCUUAGCAAUCUCGAUCGGGGUGGCCUCUAUUUGGACACAUAACGAUUGGACACUGCACAAUUGGACACCGCACGAUUGGACACUGCACGAUUGGACACCGCAAAAUUGGACACCGCACCAACCGCACUAUUAGACACUGCACGAUUGGACACCAAUUUACAACCGAUGAUAAGACGCUACGAAAAUGUACGUGCGCUGGCUCUAAGUCUGCAAUAUAUUAGCAAAGUUCAUUCUAAUAAGUAAGAGUCAAAAUUAGAUGUAGAGUAAACGAUGCUUUGCCUUGCAAAGUACAUGCGUGGAUACAGUGUGGAUACUUUCCCAGUUUAAACUUUCUUACUUUAAUAUUAUUAAUUUUUUAUACUGGGAAAGUAUAUGCUUGGGUGGGAGAGCACAAGGAGACAGGUUUCGCCCGUCACCUAGUACUCUUCCACAUAAAAAAAAUAACAAAAUUUUGAGGUGACCAAAAGUACUGCGUGGAAGUUACAAUGUAGAACUUUGCUUUGCGUGGAACCUCGCUUCAUAUACUCUCAGCAUAUGCUUUCUAAAUUUAUUAAAUAUCGCACAUAUGCGCAAAGUAAGCAUGGUAGCGUCGUAGCGUUUUAUCAUCGGUUGUAAAUUGGUGUCCAAUCGUGCAGUGUCUAAUAGUGCAGUGUCUAAUAGUGCGGUGUCCAAUCGUGCGGUGUCCAAUUGUUUCGUGUCCAAUAUUACGUGCCCAAUCGUGCGGUGUCCAAUCGUUACGUGUCGAAACGGGAUACGCCCUCUCGAUCGCUAGGCGGUCGCAUCUCACCGCGCGCUUGCAUUCGGCGGUAGGCCGGACUAAUACAGCGAUUUUUAAUAAUUAAUAACUCGUUAACUAACUAUUGCGCAAAUCGCAAAAUGGUACAGGACUUUUUAAUUCAAUUUGACGUGAUCUACCUGUGGCCGAAAGGUUCUUACCCUUAUGUGAAAUACCCUGUAUAUAUAUACAGGGUGUCCAACGUAAAGUGUCCAAUCACUCUCCUGCAGAUAGAUCUCGUUUUGCAAUUAACCACGUAAAAUUUAAGAUAUUAAUAAAAGAAGAUUAGCGAGUCAGUAUGAAUGAGAGCGCAGCUCGUGUAGCGAGGUCGUCGGUAGGAGGGCCGCGCGCUCGUUGUUGAUUACGGCGCAGUGAGGCAGCGAUGCCAGAAAGCGUGCUUUGUAGCGUGCAGCGGGGAUGGGUUGGGAAUGAUCUCGCGAAUUGUCGUACGCUUUCUGGCCUCACCCACUCCACUCACAUCAGUGAUGACGAGGAGGAGUCUGCCAGCGUACGUCACAAGUACAUCGAGCUGACAGUCCUGUUGUCUGGUACGAAAUGGGAAAAAGACGAGUUAUCGAGGCCUCUUUGUGACGAAGAGAAGACGGAGAGGAAGAACUUAUUGGAGAACGCUGACGUACUCGAUCUCAUCUCCCAUACGUCGCAAAUGCGAAAGAUCAUGGCCAGCCACUUUCUCCCCGAGAAGAUCGACGGAGAGGAAUCCAUUGUGAAAAACACGAAGGACGUCAAGGCCGAUUAUCGCAAGGAAGCAGAAAGCAAAAUCGACCCGUCAUUCCCAGAUGACGACGAGAACGAAGAAGUAGACGAUGAGGUUGAAGAGGAGGAGGAGGAGGAGAAGGAAGAGGAAUCUCGCAGCUCCGCGACAGAUUCCGUCGAUGUUGGAGACGCCAGCGUCGAGCGACACGAUGUACAUAGCGCGUUAAAUAAUAGCUUAAACAUUAAGAGUGACGAGGAUCAGCGAUCGACUGCCAUUUCAUUUCGUGCAGACAAGAACAGAAGAUGGGAGAAUACCAAAGAAUCGCCAGACGCACUUGGCGAGCAAACCAAUCCUGAAGCGAGAUUAUCCCUGGAUCAUAGAAGACUCCAAAUGUUCGAAACUCCGGACAAGAGAGGAAAGUUUCCGGACCACACUGAGAGGAAAGUUUCAAGUAAUACGGAGAGAUCAACAAUUCAGGAGACACAGGAGGAACUGUGCGACACCUGGGUUCUGGCAACAGACGAAAAUGAACAUUCGGAAAAGAGUCUUGAGGACAACUCGGUGACUAAAAAUAUAGAUAAGCGUAAAGAUAAAUUUGAGAACGUCAAACAGUGAAAAGAAGAAGAAGAAGAAUUAAAACUCACAAGCAUUGAAAGAAAAGCUAAGGAAAGUUUCUCGAAAGAUGUCGCGUGGAUGAAUAAUGAAGAACUCCUUGAUGUACAGCUUGACGAAAACUCGACAGCCAGUACCGAGAUACAAAAGGAUAGCUUUGUAAGGAUUGAGAACGAACGAAGAAAAGCUAAUGAGGUGGAUGAGGAACAUGUGGGAAGUAGCAUAUUGACCGCGAAAGGUAUAGACUUGAGCGACGAUUAUCCGGAACAUCUGAAUCCUUUCAACAGCGACGACGAGGAUAGUGUCGUAGAGGACAAACUGCAGACUCCGAUGGAGAUCUCUAGGAGUAGUAAAGUUUCGACCAAUCCGUUCGACAGUGAAGACGAGGACAUUGAACAGCCGGAACCACCAAAACCAGCAGUUAGAAGCAGAUUUGAAAAUCGGGAAACCGUAACGCCUGUAGCCAAGCGAGUUCUCGCCGCGUCGCAAAUUAAUUUCAAUCCAUUCUGGAGCGACGAAGAGGAGGAGCGUGACAGCGAGGAGGAAGAACAGGCCAGAACGCCACAAGACGUACCUGUCCCGAAACCAUGCACUAUCAAGAUUACUCCUGACAUAAGCGCCGCAUCGCGAAGAGUCGAUCUAAGUCGUGGAAGUAUAUAUGCAUCCAACAGCUCUUUAACCAGCUCUGAAUCGACCACAAUUCCUGGUGGAACAUACAGGAAGAAAAAGCCCGCGCCACAACCAUCAGCUACGAAGGAACUAUUUCCGUCCGAUCAGCGCGAGUCGUCUGUAUCUAAGUACAAUAGCACACCACUCAUGUAUCAAGUAAGUCUAUCACCUCGUACAACACCGCGAGCGCGGAAAGCCAAACCGGCUCCUCCACCGCCAAUGCCCACCAGCAUACCGUACAAUAUACCGAUCGGUUGUGCGUUAAGUCUCGAUGAAUCUCCUAUAAUCGAGCUUCGUCGCACCGGUGACAGUCUGAAUAUGUGGGAAGAUCAGAAAACCAACAAGGAUGAGGCGAAUCGAAAUAAGCAGAGCUUGAGUAACGUCUUGGGCGUUGACGAUCUUUCUUACAAAGCUUACGCCGACAAAAGCGUUCAAGGAAAAUGGAAGAGAAAGAAGGGUCCCGCCCCACCGCGGUCAAUCCCACAUAGGAGAAAGAUCAAGGUGAUAUCUAUGAAGGAUGUGAAACUGGAAUUAGACGAAAUAGAAUUGCAACAGCAAGGUUUGAAGCGGCAAGAAGGUGUACGGUUAGAACAGCUGAUACGGGACAAAUGUGAAUCCGAGUCUAGAAUAGACGAUUCGUCACUCGGUGCAGAUGUGGAGGAAUUGGUUUUAGAGUUGUUCACAUUGGUAAACGAGAAGAACGAACUGUUUAGGAUGCAGGCUGAAUUAAUGUUAUUACGAAGGCAACAAAGAUUAGAAGAGGAACAUGCCGAAGUGGAAUAUCAAAUACGAUGUCUCAUGUACCAACCGGAAGCUACGAAAACGGAUUUUGACAAACAGAAGGAAGAAGCAUUGAUACAGAGAUUAGUAGAAAUCGUAGAGAGACGAAACGAAAUUGUUAAAUGCUUGGAGAUGAACCGUCGGAGAGAAGUAGAAGAAGUUAAGAGUAUAAAUAAACAUAUGAGUUUGUUCGUUGCGAGAAACAAGAAUGAGUUGUCGGGUAAAGAUAAUGAUAGUUGUGACACAGGAAAAAUGAAAAAAGCUAAAAUGAAGUAGAAAUUGAAGGAAAAGAGAUCGAAAAAGUCUGUGAAAAAGGAUGCCGAUAAAGAUGUGAAUGAAGCUAAAGUGAAACAAAAACGCCAUAACAAGCGAAAAUGGUUUUGAAUUGUGCGACAAUGUUAAUAUAGUUGACGGUUGUAAUAGACACACAUACAGAAUAUAUUCAUAUUUAAUAGUUUUAUACAUAUUUUUAAUACUGUUUUUUAUACAUAUAGAAAUUUAUGGUAAGGUUAUUAAUAAAAUCACUCGUGUUUAAUUUGACUUUCUACCC